CAUGUGCCAAUGGCAUAUGUAUGAGGGCAUUUCAAGUUCCGCAGGGAGAAGUGGUGUCACCGUGUCAUCAUGAUAAUUACUUAUGUAUGGCCCCAGUCUCACUCUCAGCCCUCAGACUACCACUGGCAGUGCAGUCACUGUCACGAUGAGUUUGUAGGAGGACCUAAGGAGGUCCGCGGCUGGCAGAGUUACGCGGCCGGGGUGAGGGCUGCAACCUCUCAUUCCCGUUGAGCCACAAACAUCGGCGACCUGCUCAUAUCAUGAUAUCCGAGUCGUGCUCAUCUUCCUGUCGACUCGGACUCUGACACAGUGGCAAAAGGUUGUCUCUGGGUUCUGGGUUCUCAUGAUCCGCACGUGCCGUGUCUUGCUAGCUCCAGGAUUUGUAAACCUGAGUAGUGGGGUUAACUUGGCUUUUGACUUGCCAGAGCCUGAGUCCCCUGGCCAGCUGAAACUUGAAGUUCGUCUCUGGACUUUUAUCGGGGGCUCUCCUUAUGGAAACUCCGAGUUGACACACAUGUACGGUUGGCGCGUGCGCGACUUCAGCGAAAUUCGGAAAAACCUGAACCAGUGGCGCAAGGCCCUUCCGAGUCGGGAGCGUGCGGAUAAACCAGAGGCCUCGCCAGCGAUAUCGACGAGGAAACCUCGGGUUUUGUGCGGAUGCGAAGCGUCAACGGAGUUUUGGGCUCCAAUGGGGGCAUUAACAGGGGUAGCGGUACCUACACCCCAGUUGAUCGGCAGACGGUUGUAAGUUAAACCGAUCGCGAGAUAUACAUAAUAAUAACGAGCCCGCCGCACUCAAAUUAAAAUAUCUAAUUUCGGCAUGAGCCCUGAAUCAAGCGCGGAUAAUCUGCCCGAACUCUUCGAUAACGGUGCAGACGCAGAGGUCCAGCUGUCGCGUUCGUCGAGUGCUGUUUUUCGCCCAUGUCUCUUCGGUGAGGACAUGUUGUUAAACGAGGAGGAGCUCUCUGAUUUUCCGGAGGCUUCCUGUUAUAAGAACAAAACUGGGAAACUUGUGCACGCUUGGUCCCAAAUUAAGUCCAUGUCGGUCAGAUCUAACCGAGAUCUGUCUGCAUCCAGUCCUGACCCAAGGACUGGAACCUAUACUCCUGUACCCCCACCAAUGGCUAGUUUGCUGCUAGAGUUGGAUGAAUCGAGAGCUAGUGAACGUUUCUUCUUCGAAGCGGCUUUACGCCACCAGCCUUUAUUGCACAUGCUGAAUUUAUUUUCGCACGAUGGCACAUUAAGAGUUGAAUCAAAUCCCCUUAAAGUCGGUAAUCAGCGUCCACCUCUAUACAAUUCUGCAGAACUCGAUACCCCAGCACACCAUUCUACGCGUAUUUCUCAGCCCGAAUACACUAGCAAUACAUCACUGACGGGCACUCAUGGAGAACUGCAUGUAAUACUAACCCAGUUGGCCCUCUAUGAGCAUCCACUAUUUGGUUCUGAAGACAGACUGUAUGCCCAAAUGCGGCUAUUAUACGGGGAGUACCACCGUAUUCUCAAACUUCAGAAAACUAGCUACCUAAGGCUCCGUCUCCACAAGUUACUGGAUGCGGUGCAACAAAACUUGGACAUGUCAGUUGAGCACGAAGUAGAUGUAACUGAGCUGAGCUCAAGCUGCUUCAAAACCUUAGAUGCCUUGGCACUUGAACAACAAGCCAUGAAUGAGAUCGCGGAGGCGCUCUACACUACUUGGAACCAGCUGAAAGGCCUGCGCCAGCAUCAGAAUUUCGUAUCUACUCCUGCGAAGUUAGUUGCCAUAAAUAUCAGUCGGUCUCCUCAAUUUGAUUCCAGAACAAUGCAGCCACUACUCGACAAUUUUCACAAAAUGCUCACACGUAUUGCUCAAUAUGCCUCAGAGAACCAAAACAGUCCCUCUCAAGAGCGUCUUAUUGCACGAUUCAAGCGAUGUUGUAGAACACUAACAAUGAGGACCGAUUUUGUUUUGAAGCUGUACACUACUGCUGGGCUCACAGCUGAUGACGAAGAAUCACUACCAGGCCGAGAGCUCAUGCGUCGUCGGCGUGUGCGACAACAGCACCUCUAUGCAAUUUUAUCAUUGAAUGGUCGGCGGGUUGCUACGACACUACCACAGGCAGUCGCUUGGCCCGCAUUCACAAUUCGGAUUGAGCAGCCUCUAAGAUUAAUAGUUGCUCGGCAUCCUAUGAAACUCAAGGUGGAGUUCUGGCGCAGGAGACUUCUUGUCGACGUCCACCUUGCAACAAUAUUUGUGCCUGUCCCUGGUAUAUCAGCGUGUCAUGACGCUGUGAACGCUGCUUCGCUGGCACCUUUUAGUGAAUGGCUGCAGUUUGAGGUCAGCCAACGACAGCUCGCUGGUGCUGCGCUAGUGUCCCUGUAUUGGACAGCCAGAGAUCAACAGCUGAAAGCCUGCUCCUACGACCCAGCUGCCGGGUCUGAAAACGCUCUCUCGGAAUCGCUGCGAUCCUCUAACCAACAGCAUCCCUGUGGCUUGCGAAAAGGCCUAGAUAAGUUGGAUGCAGGCAUGACAGAUGGAUGCCGUUGGCUGCGGACACCCGAGACUUGUGCUUCAGAGACGCAUAAAAUUGAUAGCAAAGGUGAUCCUAAUGAUCCAAGGGGCUCCUGUUCAUUUAUACGCGGGCGCAUGACGGGGACCCACAUCAAAGCGGCAUCACAAAGAGCUUUUCGUACCGGCGAGUAUCGACACCAGGUGACUUCGGGGGCAGUUCAGGCCCGCAAGGUAUUUCAUUCUCAAUACAAGCCGAGUCAAGCACAGCAAGAUGCGUCGAUGUGUGAGCUACCGAAAGAAGUUGUUGGUUCUCGCAUAAGAUUUGCACUUGAUAAAUACAAACAUGCACCAAUCUCCCAAAGACACCGCCUUCUAAGACUCCGGAUGCAUCAACCUGCAUUGAUGAGUGAACCUGUUCCGGCCACAGAUAUGGCAACUAUCGCGAAUGCUCUCCUGCAAAAAUUCAUUGUGCAGGACGAUAUUCGUGGUCAGCGGGCCUUGGGAAAGCAAACAAUAGGACAUAAAUCGGGAGGGGGGGGUACUAUAGAUACUAAUGGCCUGAAGAGAGAUCGACAGGUAAUGGCAUUUGUCAAACAAGUUCAAGACAGCGUCACUGUUCGUUUGCGCACAUCACAAAAAGCUUCUUCGUUCCCACUCACAGCCUUAGUCAGCGAAGGACAUGCGUUGCCACAACUACGUGCACGUGGAUUGAUUGAUGCUGCUUUGGAGUAUACAGCACGCCGCAGACGCUCUCUUCGGCCUUCGCGUCAGCGGCGAAUGAUGAUAUCUUCAGCUAGAGAUUGUUCAUUGCUGGUGCAGAUCAUCUCCGCUCAUCAACUAGCAGAUUUCCCACUAGAACAGACGAUGGAUAGUGACAAUAUUGCCAAGGCAGCUGGAAAUAACUCGGGGAAGUUUGUGUUUGCUUCCUUCCAAGAGCAUUCCCGCCGCACAAUGUUGGCAAUGGGACGCACACCACGUUGGAAAGAGACCCUGGACUUCCCAUUUAUUCCAACCUUGGGGGACUUUUCACCAACCAGCUUGAUGCAUGUUAGCGACUGUUUACGGCUGAGCCUCUUUUCAGAGUCACUUCUCAAAACACCUACCCAACGGGUCCAAGAGAUGUACAGAGAUCCAUCUACCAGGCAUGAAUUCAUUGGAGAUAUUGAGAUACCAUUCAUAACGCUGUAUUCUAACAGUGGGGUCAAUGGAUACUUGGAGGGUCAAUUUCGAUUAAGGACACCUCUGAUUACAAUACGUACCCAUGACUUCCAGGGGCAAAGUCCUUCUUCGACAUACGAAUCCAAGGCUGCGUCAUAUCUGCACCUUGCUGUGUUCUUGCGCCCCCCUUUGUCAGUACCGUUCAAAGAUCCACUUGUCUUUUCCUCAAUGGAAGACGAGCGGCUUAUUCGGUAUGGUGCAAGCUGGAUUCAGCAGCUAAGAAUCUACUUUGAAAAUAUGAAUGAAAUCAUUAAAAGACCAGUCGAUGGGCGCAUAUCGAAACGCCUCGUUCAAGCUUUUGGGAAUAAUAUGAAUGGAGAUGCAGUUCUCAUUUGUCGCUACUUAAGUCCACAAACACCACCUCCGGGCGUAAGUUGUCUCAACCAAGUGGCGCGGUUUGUUAGCCUUAUCCCAUUCCUGGAAGAUUGGAAAUCAUUUGGAUGCGCAAGUCUUGAUAUUUGGUGCACCUCACAGGAAUUUCUUGACGUCGGUGCCGGGGACUGGGAAGAACAUGGGAUACUUUUGCACAACUUGAUCAUUUGGUUGCAAUUGAAAGGUGCCACUUCUGACUCCGCGUCAGAGGAAUGGUAUCUGGUUAUUGGCUCUGGGCUCCCGGAGGGAGACACUGUUUAUGUGAUGCAAAAAAACACGCACUCGGGAGACGGUGGUGUUUCUUUCUGGAAUCCGUGCACUGGAGAUGUAUUUGUCGCGAGUCAUAAACAAUCUCCAUUAAUUGACAUCGGCUGCAUUCUCACUGCGGAAAAUAUAUUUGCGAAUAUACAAGGAGAUACCAGUCCUCACUUGCUAUCAUACAAUGUAAAGGACAGCAGCAUUUGGCGGCCAUUCUUUCAAGAUCCAUCGGCCCAAAGGGAUGAUUGGUGCAUUGGAUGUAGUUGUGUCUGUAACCCUGGGCCCUCGCGAAUUUCACGACCUGCUACAUUGGCAUCAAUUCAGGACUUGCAUCUGCGAUAUGAUGCACCCAAUAUUGUCCACGCGGAACAAAUUCAAGUCAAGCUAACAGAAGAAAUCAAGGUAAGGCCAAUAAUAUGUCUAUCUGUAUCUGAAUAUAUCAAAUUUUGCGCAGAAAUCAGUCCGCCGAUGGCGUAUGAAUUUAGGGAACCGUCGUUGUGCAAGCACUUCUUUCAAUGUUGACAUAUCUCGGCGUUUGCAAAAGUAAGAACAUCUCUGGUUUUUUCUUAUUGAGAGUCGGUUGUCAUAGCUUACUGCCAGCACUAGAAGCACUCCGGGACUCUGGUGAAUUGACUGGCGCCGCAAUACAGGCACACAAAGAGGAUACAUUAGGGUUUACUCAAAACGUGGGUAUUGAAGCUAUUGCAGUCAACCUGCCCUACGCCAACACGAGUGGAGUUCUUGAGCGCUUACGUGCGAUGAAUAUCCAUAAUGUCACACAUCGAGACGUCCAGUUCAUUGUAGCGGCAUACGUACAUCCGAUCAUAAAUCAUGUUUGUUCGGUGUGUGGCAGUGUUGCAAAGACUCGUUGCCAUGUCAUCUUUCAUUUCGAUGUAGGUUUGGAUUUACUAUGGCAGGGUAUGUCCACCUGACAAUAAAGCCUAGAUACUGCUUCUUAAAAAUAUGGAUAGAAUUGCUGGCCGCCAUUUCCUACUGCAGCACUCUUGCGCUGGAUGCCACGCAUACACACCAAAUCAACAUUAUCAAAACUCGGAGGAGGCCAGAAGGUCCAGGUCACCACUAGCAUCUUUUAGAGAGAUGACAACAUCCAGGCACUUCCGGUGAGCGGAGUAAUCAACAUUCGGGAACCUGGCAAAAAAGGCCGUGGCAGUGAUCUGUCCACAAACAGCAAGGGAGGGGGACACAGCGACUAGUUGUGACUUCCAAACUAAAUGGGAGGUCCCCCAGCCUCGGCUCUCCGGCGGGGCCAGGCCUGGCCCUGGGCUGUGUGGUUCCCGUUUUUCAAAUUGCCCGGACCCGUACCUGUCGAGUAUAGACCACGACUCCUCCGCUCCGAGAAACUAGGGUAAACCUAGACGCGUCCGCCGCUCGGGAGGCGUGGUCUAAACGUGACAGGACCCGUAGUACUAGUACUAGCAUGCUGGCCAGUGAUACGGCGCGCAAUGCCCUCCAAGUUGUUGCGAAUCUCGCGAGUCGGAGACAAUCCAAUACACGUUGUUUGAAUGUAAGGCCUUCGAGGACGCCACGAAGACUCAGUAACCUUCCGCGAAACCCGAAAUCGGUGGUUUAUAAGAAUCAAAAAGUCUUAAACCCGAACCAUCA